AUGGAGUGGCUGCGCCGGUCUUGCCGGCGUUUGUUCGCCACUUCUUACGCAAAAAGUUCUUUUCAUGAAGGCAAAAUCGAUCCCUUUGCAAAUGUACAGUGGAUCGCGAGGCCAUUUAUGAAGCGAAAUAUGCCCAGAGAUCACGUUCUUGCGAAACCUCACCGAAGUUUAAAAGCCGUUACGAUGUUAGAUGAAGAAACCCAAAACCAUUGGCAUAUAUUAGAUGCGAAGGGAAAGGCGAGUGUUUCUGCACGUAAUCGUAGCGUUGGCGGCUUGGCGGCACAGAUCUGCCGGCUGCUGCAAGGGAAGCACCGUGUUGACUAUUCGCCUUUAAAGGUCUCAGGAGACUCCGUGGUGGUGGUGAAUGCAAUCCACGUGAAAUUUUCGGGCCACACGUGGGACACGAAGAUAUACAGGUUUCCUAGGAAGACGCACCCUGGCGGCCCUAAGGUGGUGACGGCGAAGACGAUAAUGGCGCGGAACCCCUCUAUGAUC